AUGGUCUCCAUCAAGUCCCUCGCUACCGCCAUCUACUCCCAGAACUGGGUUGACUUUGGCAUUGUCUGGGGUCUGUCGAAGCCCGAGCACGCCUGGGGAAACACGGUCGGAACCCAGGUCGGGUACACACCUUUGACCGGAAAGGAGGGUCUCGAAUACCCCUACACAUUCACGGCAGAUGUCGCCGUGCCCGAGGACUUCACCGGCGACUAUGUCCUCCGUGCUGCUAUUCCCCACCUUGUCGGUGUAAGCAUCCGGUCGGUCGACUUCACAAUUCUGAGCGCCAACAUCACCAUCUCCUAG